GAACUGAAAUAGAACCAUGGAAAGACAAUUGAUUGCUGCUUUUUUAGCAGCAAUAAUUUUAAGUUUACAAGUCGCGGCUUAUACAGAUAAAACCUUCACCGCUGACAACACAUUUCUUCAAAAACAAAAGAAUCUUUUUGAACUUUUCUGGCAUGCAGAUCAACCUACGAUUUAUCAUCCAGAACUCUAUCAAAUUUCCAAAUCAUGGAAUAUAAUCGACCAUGUAGAUGACUAUACAAAUAAGGAAGUUGUUCAUGAAUUUUUAAGAUUAUGGAAGUUGGGUAUGACACCUCGAGGAGAAGUAUUUUCACCUUGGUAUCCUGAUAUUCAAAAAGAAAUAGUUGCACUUUAUGACUUAUUCUUUUUCGCAAAGGACUAUGACACUUUCUACAAUACGGCUGUUUGGGCAAGAUUUAACGUUAACGAACAUAUGUUUAAUUACAUGUUGGCUCUGGCGAUUAUCCAUCGUCCCGACACAAAACACAUUCGUUUACCUAAUCUUUAUGAAAUUAUACCACACUAUUUCUUCAAUGAAGAUGUCAUCGAACGAGCUCAACGUAUCAAAAUGGGUGAUGUAACAGCAGCCAAGAAGGCAGUAACUGGAAAUGAGCCCUACAUUCUCCAAGCAAAUUAUUCCGGCUGGUAUUUAGCACAUGAUCAUGAUACAGAGUGGAAAUUAAACUAUUUCACAGAAGAUGUUGGCAUGAACACUUACUACUUCUAUCAAAAUGCAAUGUUCCCUUACUGGUUGAGCAGUGAAAAAUACAAUUUAUUGAAAGGUGUUCGAGGACAAAUGUACUAUUUCAGUCACAAGCAUCUGUUGGCUCGUUACUAUCUUGAAAGACUCUCUAACGAUUUGGGUGAAUUAGAAUGGCUCGAUUGGGAUAAACCCAUUGUUACCGGUUACUAUCCAACAUUGGUUCAUCCAACAGGUCUUCCAUUCCCACAAAGGCCCACAUGGUCCUAUGUUCCAGUUCAUAAAUACGAACAAGUCGAGAGAAUCCAUCAUCUUGAAUCGAGAAUAAUGAUGUCAAUUGACAAUGGAAGAAUAGAAAAGCAUGAUAACAAACCUUACGAACUUUAUGAAAACACAUUGGAAGACAUGAAUCACUUAGGAAACAUCAUUCAAGGAAAUAGAGAUUCCCUCUGCCGUAGGUACUACGAUUCAGUUGACAAAUAUGCAAGAAAUAUUCUUGGAUUUGGCCACGAGAGAUCAACUAAAUAUCAACCAAUUGUCGGUUCCCUUGACAUGAGUCUCACUAGCAUGAGAGAUCCAGGAUUCUACCGAAUGUACAAAAAGAUUCUCAAUUUCUUUAUUAGAUACAAGAGCAAUUUGCCAACGUACACACACGAGGAAUUAGUCUUUCCUGGAGUGAAAAUUGAAUCUGUAGCAGUUGAUAAGUUAGUCACUUACUUUGACAACUUUGAAUCAAUGAUAAAUAAUGCAGUUGCUGUCAAGAGUCAUAAAGAGGCACAAUCCAUUGUCAUCAAAGCUCGUCAACAGCGUCUUAAUCAUAAACCCUUCACUUAUCAUUUAACAGUUAACAGCGAUAAGGCAACCAAGGCUUGGAUACACAUCUACCUUGGACCUAAAUACGAUGUUCAUGGACACGAAAUUGAAAUGAUCGAUAAUUGGAUGAAUUUCUUCGAAAUGGACUACUGGGUAGCAGACCUGAAAUCUGGAAUGAACAAAAUUGAGCGUAGCAGUCAUGAAUCAAUAUUUGUUGUUCCUGACACAUCAUCAAGCAUUGAUUUCUAUAAAAUGAUCACCAAGGCUCUUGAAGGAGGAGAGAGCUACAAGUAUUCUGGCCAGAUGUAUGGAAUUCCAGAUCGUAUGAUGUUGCCAAAGGGUAAACCCGAAGGAAUGCCACUUAAAUUGUUCGUAUAUGUCAGUCCCUAUGUAGAAGAGCAGACAAUGACUGUGGAAUUCCCUGUAUUUGGAACAAAACAUUUUGAGAAGAAACCUAUUGGAUUCCCCUUGGAUAGGUCAAUGUAUCACUAUCAUAAGACUGUACCCAAUAUGUAUUGGAAGGACGUUACUAUUUUUCACAAGAACGUUGAAGAGCUUAACGUAACAGUUUGAAAUUAGAAUAUAUAUUUAAAUUAGACAGUAUUGUCUCAACGCUGUACAGAUUUUCACGUUAUAUAAGAAUUUUUUUUUUCAUUAAUAAAUAGAAAUUUAUUUUGUCAA